GUUUAGCACUUAGUUAUAAGUAAUAAUGUGCGUAAAUAAGGUCAGUAAGUAAGGUAGUGUUUGAGGGAUGAUGAUGAUGAUCUGAGACACCAACAACAUGAGACUCUCAGUGUUACUCUUCAGGAAAAAGAUGCCCAAUGGUAAUAUAUGGAUCGGGAAGCAUAGGAUGAUACCAAAGGUAACAGAACUGGAAACAGGUAAUGCUUCAAAAAGGCUGCAACUAGAAGAACAAAACAUGUUCUACUUGCGUCAUCCUUACCUUACGCUGGAUCAGUCAUGGGGUCAUGCCACCGCUUUGGGAAAACACAAAGCCUUCAUCAGGAGAAUGUACUUAAAGCAGCAGAAGUUUCAGCCAAAUGUGACACUGGAAGAGAGGUACAACAUACUGAGGAACACAGAUCAUUGGGAUUAAGAAGAAAUUUUUUUGCAUAAUAUUUGUUAGCAUGUAAUGUAAACAAAGAAUGAUAUGGCAUAUUAUCAUUUA